AUGGAGGAAAAGUACACUGAAUUCUCACAGCAUUUGAAGAAACCUAGAAUUUCAGAAGAAACCAAUUCGAAAAUCAAAACUGAACUAUGCAGAAGAUUCAUGCAAGGUCUUUGUGUUCAUGGUUCAAAAUGCAACUUCGCUCAUGGCUUCUCUGAACUCAGAACUGCCCCCAAACUAUGCAGAAUGUUCUUGUACAACAGACAGUGUACCUAUGGCCAUGCUUGUCGUUACCUUCAUUCAUCAGUUCCUCUUCAGCAUCAUCAUGAUCAUGGUCAUCACCAUUCUCGCUUCAAUGUGUCUUCUGCUGCAAAACCAGAACUAGGGACAGUGCAGAAUGCAAAACAAGGGACAAAGGAGAAUGCUGGAAGCAUGAUCAUGCAAACUAGUGCUGCUGCUGCUGCUACAACUGGUGCCCACUCUUCUGCACAAAACAACAUAAUGGCAACUUCUAGUUCUACUCCUGCUACAAAUGCCUCUGCCAGCCCAGCAGUGGCAACUACUUCUUUCCAUAAGAAUGGACCCUAUGCCUGUAAAACCAUAUUCGACGAAAAGAAACUGCAAAGGGUAAGCCGCAUCUAUGGUGAUUGGAUUUAA